AUGAAGAUUCUCGCAGGACUCGUCUUAAUCGCCUCCUCUUACCUCGCCCAUGCAGCUGAACGCCCAUCUGCAUGUGCACCAAUACGAUUUCCCCUUCCACAGCCCUCAGACCUACCUAUCAUACCUCUCCUUCCCGAUCCAUUCACGUUCCGCCUCUCGCCCGACAGGGUCCGCUCCACCGCUGACUGGGCCUGCCGCAAACAAGAGAUCUUCACGCUUGUCCAGCAAUACCUGUACGGCUUCUACCCUGACCAUGCCGCCGAGACGGUGAAGGCGACGCGCUCGGGGAACGCGCUCAACAUAACGGUGUCGGUCGGACGCAAAUCCGCGAGCUUUCCGGCAACGCUGACAUUCCCUACGAACGUCACCGCGAGCGCGCAGAACCCUGUGCCAGUCGUGAUCAACCCGGGCGAGAUACCAACUGCGCCGUUCUUGGCGUCGGGUGUCGCGCUCGCGACGUUUAACGUUGGUGACGUCGCAGUGGACUCCACAGCGAGGACAGGCGCCUUUUGGACGUUGUAUAAUGGCAGCGAUAUCGGUACGUUGACCGCAUGGGCUUGGGGAUAUCAUCGUAUAUUGGACGCGAUUGAGAAACUCGUUCCCGAGAUCGACGCCACGUCUGCUGGUGCCAUUGGUUGUUCGAGGUAUGGGAAGGGGGCGCUUGCUGCAGGCAUCUUUGACGAGAGAAUCAAGUUGACUCUCGCGCUCUCCAGUGGGGAGGAAGGUGUCGGCCCUUGGCGGUUCUACUAUGAAUCCCAGGGCGCAGCGGAGAAGAUCAACAAUAUAUUUGGUGGUUUCCCGUACUGGAGCAACAGUGUCCUAGGUCAAUUUGUCAACCUCACUGCUAACUCUAGUCAUCUACCGUUCGAUGCGCACGAGAUGGUGUCGUUGAUAGCUCCGCGCGCUGUCAUUUGGGAUGAAGGGCAGGAAGAUUGGUGGACUAACCCUGAGGGGUCUAUGGGUGUAACGUUCGAGGCAGCAAAGGUCGUAUACGACUGGCUUGGUGUGGGAGAAAAUAUUGCAAUCGAUGUUCGUCAUCCACCGGACGAUGGGCAUUGCGGAAACACGGGCUACACGCUCAUCCAACCGUUCCUACAGAAAGUGUUCUUCGGAACUCCAUCUACGGUCAACUUCAGCGAUAUCUCGCCCUUCCCGGCUCAUCCGGAAGCGUAUCCCUGGGCUUCACAAUUGCCAGCGCGUUGAGUUGCAUGUAUGAGUAUGAAUGUCAGUCUUGGCUUGAGACAAAAUCGUCAUCGCUGUUUUAUUCAUGUC